AUGUCCACUGCCACUGCCGUAUCCGCGAAGAGCGCCUAUCGCCAAGUGCUCCGCGCCACCCGUGUUGUUUUCCACAACGAUCUCCCUGUCCUCCUUGCUGCUCGUCAGGAGGCCCGCCAAAACUUUGAGAAGAAUCGCCGUCCGGCCGUCGACACUGGCAUGCAAAUCAAUCAUGCGAUCGAGGUUGCCAACAUCCUGCGCCACAACAUCGUACAAGGCUCCAGGGAGAAGGGCAACGAGGAAGCGAAGUGGGAACUCAACAUCCACGAACAGAUCGAACGCGGUGAUAACGACUCCAUUAAAGUUGGCGGACAGGAUGUGAAGAUCCACAAGGCUUGCUCCUCAUGA